UGAUGUUCCACUUUAUUUCCAGUGAAACUCCUCUGUCAGCAUGAAGAACAGAUUUACACACUCAGCAGAUCAUUCAGAUCAAAUACUUUGUUGUGCCUCUUGUAAAACUCUCCAAAGAUGUUCUUCACUAGUUGGAGAAUGUUCUUGUGAUGCAGUUCAUCUCAGAGCAGUUCAGAAGGAUUUGUUUAUAAACACCACAUUAAACAUAACCACAGCAUGGACACAAAUAAAAACACACUGAACUUCCUCCAAGAUCUCAUUAUCAACAUAUCAUCAACCUACAUUUAUCUGAUGGUUCCUCUGCAGAACAUUCCUGAUGGUUCCUCUGCAGGUUUUUAGUCUUUUUAAGCUUUUCCCCAGGCUUAUCUGCUAGAGAACAUCUGUGCACCAUUGUGAAGACCAAGGAGCAAUCGAGCUCCAGAAUAGUUUUAGGCAAUGUUCAGUUCAGGUCUAAAACAUUUGAGAAAAUAUGAAAAAAGCAUUAGGAAAACAUUGUGGGAAAAACGUUAUAGGAACAUACAGAUAACAUUACAAGAACAAUUAAAAUAAGAUAGCAGAACAUGAGAGGAACAUUAAAAAUCAUUACGAGAUCAUAAGGGAACAAUAAGAAGAAUGUUCAGAGUGUUCAGGAAUUAUUAAGUAAAGAACUUUGGAGCAUUGGAAAAGGAAACAAGGACAUAAGAAGGACAUAUAAAACAUUUAGAACUCAUUCAAGGAAGAACAUCGGAUCGUUGGAACAACAUUAGGGGGACAUUAGAAAAAACAUUUGAAGAACAUUACAGAAACAUUAAUAUAAUAAUAAUAAUACUAUCAGGAGAACAUUACAGGAACAUUAGGAGAACAUUACAAUAACAUUAAUAUAAUAAUAUAUUAUAAUAUCAGGAGAACAUUACAGGAACAUUAGGAGAACAUCACAGGAACAUUAGGAGAACAUUACAAUAACAUUAAUAUAAUAAUAUAUAAUAAUAUCAGGAGAACAUUACAGGAACAUUGGGAGAACUUUACAAUAACAUUAAUAUAAUAAUAUAUAAUAAUAUCAGGAGAAUAUUACAGGAACAGUAGGAGAACAUUACAAGAACUUUAGGAGAACAUUACAAUAACAUUAAUAUAAUAAUAAUAAUAAUAAUAUCAGUAGAACAUUACAGGAACAUUGGGAGCACUUUACAAUAACAUUAAUAUAAUAAUAUAUAAUAAUAUCAGGAGAACAUUACAGGAACAUUAGGAGAACAUUAAAGGGAAACUAAGAGAACAUUUACAAGAACCUUAUAGAACACUGGGAGAACAUUACAAUAACAUAAGGAGAGCAUUAGGAGAACAUGAGAGGAACAUUAGAACUUGCUGUAAAUUAAUUGUUGUAGAUGUUAAGAUGUUAUUCUCAGUCAGUUUUGUAGUUUAUUUGUAAUUAUUUUGUACUGUAGGACUUCAGGCUCCUCAGGUCUUCUAAAAGAACGAAGUCCAAAGUUCCGGGCUUUUCGCAGAAGAAGCAGAAAUCCCAUCAUCCAAUCAUGACACGGAGCGUUUUGACGGGCAUUUGGCUUGACCAAUGAGAGUGGUGGAUCCUUCGAAUGAGGGCGGGGUUAGGAAAGUUUUUGACGGUCGCCUGACCGGAUAGGAAAAGUGUCGGUUUUUCCGUUAGAUGGUGUUCUUCAUCUUCACCUUCAUCUUCAGCAGCGGUGGAACUUCAACAGCCUGUUUCUUAAUUUCCACACACGGAAAGCUAAUAAUGUUCUUCUAACGUGGACUUCUCCCUCCAGUAGCGCGUAGACAGUCCUGCUGCAGCUCCUGAGAUCUCCCAGGCUUCGUGGUGGAUUGAGGUUUGGAGUAAGCUUCUGAGACAUGGGGAACCGCGGCAUGGAGGAGCUGAUUCCUCUCAUCAACAAGCUCCAGGACGCCUUCAGCUCCAUCGGCCAGAGCUGUAACCUGGACCUGCCGCAGAUCGCCGUGGUCGGCGGCCAGAGCGCCGGGAAGAGCUCGGUGCUGGAGAACUUCGUUGGCAGGGAUUUUCUUCCUCGGGGUUCCGGGAUUGUUACUCGUAGACCCCUCAUCCUUCAGCUGGUCAACAACAAAGCAGAAUAUGCUGAGUUCCUGCACUGUAAAGGUCGCAAGUUUGUCGACUUUGAUGAGGUGCGUCUGGAGAUCGAGGCCGAGACGGACCGCAUCACCGGCUCGAAUAAAGGAAUCUCGCCCAUUCCCAUCAACCUGAGAGUCUACUCUCCUAAUGUGCUAAACCUGACUCUGAUCGAUCUCCCGGGUAUGACGAAGGUUGCCGUCGGUGACCAGCCACAAGACAUCGAGUUCCAAAUAAGGGACAUGCUGCUGCAGUUCAUCAUGAGGGACAGCUGUCUGAUUCUGGCCGUCACUCCUGCCAACACCGACCUCGCCAAUUCUGACGCACUCAAGAUCGCCAAGGAGGUCGACCCCCCAGGUCUGCGUACCAUCGGUGUGAUCACCAAACUGGACCUGAUGGACGAGGGGACGGAUGCCCGGGAUAUCCUGGAGAACAAACUGCUGCCUCUGCGUCGAGGUUACAUCGGUGUGGUGAAUCGCAGUCAGAAGGACAUUGAUGGACGGAAGGACAUCCGCGUUGCUCUGGCAGCAGAGAGGAAGUUCUUUCUGUCUCACCCUGCGUACAGACACAUGGCUGAGAGGAUGGACCCGUUCCUGCAGAAAACACUUAACCAGCAACUGACCAACCAUAUCCGCGACACGCUGCCCAAUCUGCGCAGUAAACUGCAGAGUCAGCUGCUCUCUCUGGAGAAGGAGGUGGAGGAGUACAAGAACUUCAAACCUGAUGACCCGACACGCAAAACUAAAGCCCUGCUGCAGAUGGUGCAGCAGUUCGGUGUGGACUUUGAGAAGAGGAUCGAGGGUUCUGGUGAUCAGGUGGACACUCUGGAACUUUCUGGAGGAGCUCGAAUUAACCGCAUCUUCCACGAGCGCUUCCCCUUCGAACUGGUCAAGAUGGAGUUUGAUGAGAAGGAACUGAGAAGAGAAAUCAGUUACGCAAUUAAGAACAUCCAUGGUGUCAGGACAGGCUUGUUCACCCCAGACCUGGCUUUUGAGGCCAUAGUGAAAAAGCAGAUCGUUAAGCUGAAGACGCCGUGUCUCAAAUGUGUGGACUUGGUCGUGACUGAACUCUCCGCCCUCGCCCACAAGUGCACGGAGAAGCUGAGUUCUUAUCCUCGGCUGAGGGAGGAGACCGAGCGGAUCGUCACCACCUUCAUUCGAGAGAGGGACAGCAAGACUAAAGACCAGGUGAUGCUGCUGAUUGACAUCGAGCUCUCCUACAUCAACACUAAUCAUGAGGACUUCAUUGGUUUUGCGAACGCCCAGCAGAGUUCCGCUGUGACGAAGAAGAGAGCCGUUCCCAACCAGGUGGUCAGAAAGGGUUGGCUCACCAUCAACAUCAGCAUUAUGAAGGGCGGGUCCAGGGACUACUGGUUCGUCCUGACCACAGAGUCACUGUCCUGGUACAAGGACGAGGAGGAGAAAGAGAAGAAGUACAUGCUUCCUCUGGAUAACCUGAAGAUCAGAGAUGUGGAGAAGGGAUUCAUGUCUACCAAACAUACCUUUGCUAUUUUUAACAUUGAGCAGAGGAACGUGUAUAAAGACCUGCGUCAGAUCGAGCUGGCAUGCGAUGCUCAGGAGGAUGUGGACAGCUGGAAGGCCUCAUUCUUGCGAGCAGGAGUGUAUCCUGAGAAAGACCAGGUGGAGAAUGGUGAGGGAGCUCCAGCAGACACCUUCUCCAUGGACCCUCAGUUGGAGAGGCAGGUGGAGACGAUCCGGAACUUGGUGGAUUCAUACAUUGGCAUCGUCAACAAGAGCAUCCGGGAUCUCAUGCCCAAAACCAUCAUGCACCUCAUGAUCAACAGCGCCAAGGAGUUCAUCCACUCUGAGCUGCUGGCGUUCCUGUACUCGAGUGCAGAUCAGAGUGUGCUGAUGGAGGAGGGAGUAGAUCAGGCUCAGCACAGAGAAGAGGUGUUGAGGAUGUACCACGCCCUUAAAGAGGCCCUCGGCAUCAUCAGUGACAUCAGCACCACCACCAUCUCCACCCCUCUGCCCCCACCUGUGGAUGACACAUGGAUCAGUACAGAUCCCAGUCCUCAUCCUCACUUGAAGCCUCCAAGCUCCGCCCCUCCACCUGGCCGUCCUCCUGCAGUGAGAGGCCCCACCCCUGGUCCUCCCCCAGGCUCCGCCCCUCCACCACUGGUCCCACCGAUUCCAUCUCGUCCAGGUCCACCACCUGUGAAUGCUUAUGGAGGAGUUUUGGAACCAAGCACCGCCCCUCCACCACAGAUCCCCUCUCGACCUGCCCGAGUGCCUCCUUCUAUACCACCUGGAAUCCCCAGAAGACCUCCAGCUGCUCCAAACAGACCCACCAUCAUCCGCCCGUUUGAGUCGUCUCUGCUCGACUAAACCUGCCACGUGUACGUGUGCUCACGUGUUGCUCCAAUGCUAAAAAACGAAAUCAUUGGCGGAUGUUCCGGCGUUAUAACAGCAAACGUUCUCAUUCUAUCAUUAUUAUAUACGAUCUAUUCACAAGGAAUAACACACACACACACACACACACACACACACACACACACACACACACACACACACCUGCAUGCUAGCUACGUGGCGCUAAUUCUGUUUCAGGAAUUCUACAUAGAGAAUUGACUAAUAUGUUCACAUACUGAGUUAAUAGUCGUAUUUACAGAUACCGCGGAGAGGAAGAGAAGAAUUCCAGACGGAAAUCAUCUCAGUGUUCGGCGCUUCUGGGUGAAAUGUCACUUUACAUCAACAUGUUUACGUGUUUUUCUAACGUUAGCCUGGUGCUAGUUUUCAUCUAUUAUAGUUUAAAGAGCUAAUAACCUGUCGUUAGCUGUUUGCUAAUCUAAUACCAUGCUAAUCUCUAACUUUGCUAACGCUAAUUAGGGACCUAAACUGGAAGAGUUCAUGAACAGUGCCUUACGUGAAACACUCAGACACUCCUUUUGUACAGAUUUCCGUACGCUUUUACACUUUGAACUCGGGUUUCGUUUCUGCAAAACAAAAAAAAGCCAGAAAAAGCCUCAGAGACGAAAACUGACUCGUUUACGGCUCUAAAACCACAGUCUUCAGCGAGUCUUCAGCUAAUCAAAUGCAGCUUUAAAUAUGAUGGGCGGGGCCAGUGAGAGAGGAAAAGGGGGCGGGGCUACACGUGUGAAAAACUUCAAAGAGCUUAAAACAUUUUCAAAUUGCGCUAAAAUCGCCAAAAUAGCUACGUUUAUCACAACAAGAGCCAAACGUGCACGUAACCUCGCUGUCUAGUGCUAAUUAUAUACACUCUGGCCAAAAGUAUUGGGACACCUGCCUUUUUCACCCAUACGCGUACAUACAAUUAUAUAAAACGUCUUGAGAUGCAUGAAAUUCUGCCUUCACUUGAACUAGGAGAACCUCGUUCAUCCCAGGCCUCCUCACCUUCUCACCUACCUGACUUUAGUAAAGUCUCCACAGACAUCUCGUGGAACAUCUACCCAGAGUGGAGAUUAUUAUAACAGUAAAUGGGGAACAAAGUACAGAAUCUUAUGCUCAGGUGUCCACAAACUUUUGGUCGUACAGUGUAGUCAUAUUGGUGGUUUUUUGCGAUGUUGUUGCGUCGGUCCAUUUAAUUGCUGUGCUUUUUUCUCUUUCUUUCCUAAAUGUGGGAUUUUGGAACAGCGAUGGUGUUUGGAGGCUUGAAAUAGUUUAGAACUUUAAUUAUAACUUUUUUGCCGCCACUUUAUUACACAAGGUUCAGUCGUUUAUAUCUGAUUGAAUUUCUUUUGCUAUUUUCUUGUCAAUGCAUUUUUUUCUUCAGCCUCAUUAUUUUACAAACCUUUUAUAUAUAUAUAUAUAUAUUAUUCGCCUUUUUUUUUAUUGAAUAUUUUGUAUUUUGACCAUCGGUGCCUUGUCCUGACGUUAUCUAAGUGCCUGCUUUAUGUUGAUGUUGCUCAGUAAUGCAGAUAAAUGCAAUGAAAAGAAAAAAAAACGAGACAAAGGGAAAAUAAAUAAAUAAAUAAAUCUCA